GUCACUUAACCCCAAUUGCUUUAGCAAAAAGAAAGAAAAGAAAAGCUAUAGCCCUGCUGGAUAUCAGGGCUUUGUUGUUACUCUUAGAUUUAUUAGCUGUGUUAAUUUUGGGAAUUACUUCAGCUCUCUGAGGUUCAAUUUUUUCAUCUGUAAAUUGGGAAGAAUGAUACUGGUGCACCCUCUUCAAAAGGUUCGGUUUUUUAGUUGUAAAAUGGAAAGAAUGAUGCUCGUGCUCCCUCUUCAAAAGGCUGUUUCCAGAAUCCACUGAAAUCAUGGGUGUGGGAAGUGAUUUGUCAACCUCAAACUGCCGCCCCGAAGUCAUCCAGUAUGAAUAAGAAGAAUUUUGGCCCAGCUCCCCAAUGAUGGCUCCUCUUUUGGGGGCUCCCACACAACUUCAGAGCCUCGAGCUGCCCCAGUGACUGUGCCAUGUGCUGUAGAGACCUGCUCAGGCAGGCGUGGACAGAUGGCCCUUCCAGCUCUGGGCUUCUGGGCUUCCUCCUAAUUCGGGUCCCUCUGCUUGGGUCCAUCUCCACUUUUCCUCUUUCUUAUCUAACUAACUGAUGGAUGGGAAUUUAGUAACCCACCUAAUUAACAUAUAGGUACCCAGUGGAGAUCCUUGGCACUGGAACCAUAGAGGCAAGAUGGAGACAGUCCCUGACCUCAGGAGCUUAUUUCUAUGGUGGGGAAGCCUGAGAGCAAAUGCAAAAUGCAUACAGGAUAAACUGAGUGGUGCAACAGAAAGAGUGCUUGAUCUGGGGUUCGCUCUGCCAAGAACAAAUCCUGUCUCAGAGAAUUUACUAACUGGCGACCUGGGGGGAGUCAUUUAAUAAUAUCCUUUAAUCUCAGUUUCCUCCUCUGACCAAUGGGGCUAAUACUAGCACCCACCACUCAAGGCUGGUGUGAUGAUCAAAUGAGACAAGAUCUUCAAGGCACUUGGAAAAUUGUAAAGCUCUUUCUGGAUGUCAGCUGUUCUUAUUAAAUAAAAAAGCGAUUGUGGAGAGGGGAGCUCCGACACACGGAGGGGACCAAAAAGGCCUCUUGUAAGACAUAGCACUUGAGCCGAACUUACAUCUAUUUUAUUGUGUUGAUAGAAUAUAAACUCCUUGAGGGCAGGACUGAUUUUGGUGUUGCCUUUGUAUCUCCAUCAGUGAAGACGUGCUAUAUGGUAUACAACAGGCACUUAAAGCUUGCUCACUGAUUUACUGAUGGAGCUGAAGAAAGAGCUGUAGGAUCCCAUCCCAUUCUUGCAUAGGCUUCCCUCACUGCCCACUCCUCCACUCCCUUUCAGCAUCUUUUCAUCGGUGAUUUUUAUUUGACAGGGAACCCCUGAGGAUUAAUUUGGUCUGAAGCCUUUCUUUGGGUCUUCAGAGUGUCUGGAAUACAGCAGAUACUUAAUAAAUGCUCCGAUUCAGAACAAUUGAUUAAAUGACUAUGCUUUGGAGAACAUAAAAAGCUUCCAUCUCUUUUUCAGGGGAGAAUUCAUGGCAUCUUCCCACUUUCCAACAUGAGAAAAGCCCUCGGCCAAUGGGAAGUCGUGAUGGCACUUUGCAGCCUCUUCCAUUGGAGUUCUGGAGGAAUCACAACCAUCACCUGCUCGGGCUGGGUUCGGGUCGACCCGGCUCCAGUCUUUGAGAUGGGACUGAACGUCUCCAUCAUUUGCCAGUCGACUCUCCGCAACUGCCAGCCAAGGAAGUUCUAUCUCUACAAAUACAGCCAAGGUGGCCAGGACAGGCUCCGGAUGGCGAAAAUCAACCAGACGGUGGCUCGGCUCCAGCUGAGCGCCUUCCGCGAGCCGCGAGCGCACGUCAUCUGCAGGGCGGACUGCCUCCGGCACAGCGGGGAGAGGCUGAUCUGUGGGACCGACAUCGCUUCUGGCUAUCCUCCAAGUGUUCCUACUAAUUUAACAUGCCUCAUCUAUGAAUAUUCUGGCAACAUGACGUGUACUUGGGAUACAGGAUCACCCACCUAUCUGGACACCAAAUACACCGUGCAUGUGAAGAGCUUGCAGACAGGACAAGAACAGCUCUACCUUACUUCAAGGCAUAUCAGCAUUUCGACCAACACACUACACAGUGGCAAAACAUAUUCUGUUUGGGUGCAAGCAGCAAAUGCUCUAGGUGUGCAAGAGUCAGAGCACCUGCAACUCAACCUGGAUGACAUAGUGAUUCCCACCCUCCCAGUCAUUACAGGAGCUGAGGAUAGAAAUACAUCCGUGCCCACAACAGUUAUCCACUGGAGAAUCCAAACAUCGAUGGAUGGAGUUUUCUGUGAGAUGAGACACAAAGCAACUGCAAGGCCAUCUUGGAAUGUUACCGAGCUGGGAGCCAGUUUGGCCCGGAUGGGGCGCGUAGAGUACCACCUGCAGCCCGGCACCGCGUACGUGUUUCAAGCCAGAUGCCGACGGACUGGGAGCGAGUACGGGCAGGAAUGGAGCGAGCCCUUUGUCCACAGGACCCCAGAAGCAGCUCCCCAGGUCUCCUUGGAACCAUUCCAAGAUGAACCUGGUCAUAUUGUUUCUCCAAGUGCUUUCAUCUUUAAAGACCAUUUGGUUUCUGGCAAAAGAAAUCCCACCACUGGACUUUUGUCUGGAAUGGUCCUCGGUAUCACUGUGCUGUCUACUCUUUUCUUGACCGUGAUAUUUAAACAAUCCCUCCGACUCAGAAUUAAAAGAAGACUCCUGUUGUUCCUACCAAAUUGGCUCCAUGAAGACAUUCCCAACGUGAGAAAUAGUUGUGCCAUGAAAACCUUGGAGGAAAUAAGUGAAUUUAUGAUGAAUGAUUCCAGCGAGCCAUUCCUCGACCCAGAUCCAGAAAUCAUGGAGGUAGAAGAAACCAAUCUCCACAAAGCAUUCCAACACCGGCCCUCCAAAAUGGAAAGCACAAGAGGGUCGGAGGCGAUUGGGGAGCAUCCGCAAACCUCACCACCUGUGGACAUCACCGUCUCCUAUCUCCCUGAUCCCAACACUGGCUACAGACCACAGGUUUCCAGUCUGCUCCCUGUGGAGAACCCUCCCUGCGAGAUCAGUGACCUCAGAGUCUCAUCCCUGGAACCCCACGUCAGUUCCUUGGGCCUGGGCAAGAAUGUGGUGAUCAGAAACUGUCCGAGCCCAGUGUUCUCUGGCUCCGGCACCAAUGCCGGCAGGAACUUUUUCUCUCUGGAAGAAACAAGACUCAUCCUGGACCACGGUGAAAGUAGUUUAACGGAAGAUCCAAAUGAGUCUGAAGUGGAGGUCAUGAUGACCUUGGAAAAGCAGGCCUCCUGGGAGAGUCUUCCAGAGCAGACCCUGUUGCCUGAUGAUCUGGUGUCUUGCUUGAGGACCACGGGGGAGGAGGAGUCCCCAGAUGUCCACCCUUAUUUUCCACAGAGGUUUGGAAGGCCAUUUCCCUAGAAUUUUCCCCUUUUGGGAGCAGAGGCUUUGUCUCAUUUGAAGCAACCACCCCAGACGGAUUCUCCUGCAGUUACUCCUGGCCUGCAGGAGUUUUUGUCUGGGUGCUUUGGGGGUCCUCGGUGGUCCUCUGGAAGAUGAGGAUGGAAAAUGUCUCCUGGCCAUUUGGAGCAGAGAUGUCAGUCUGAGGAGUCCCACCAGGGACUUCUCUCUCCCCCUGGUCCUUUCUGAGCAAUAUGCAUUGAGGAUUGCGCUUUCCUGUAUGUGAAUAAUCAGUGUAUGAUAUUAAUUGGCAACGAGUAGAUGGGGAGCUUACCCAUGAGGCAUUUGAAGGGGAGGCAGGAAGGUAUCUCAUCAGGAGGGGCCAUUCCUUCUCCAGGAGAAGGAACACAUGGGACCUCUCCACAGAGGACCUUUCCAAAGCUCUGGAGACUGUACUUUGGUUUUUCAGUGCUGUACCAUGGCUAUUACUGAAAUACUCAGGAGAGAGAGAGAGAGAGAGAGAGACAGACAGACAGACAGACAGACAGACAGACAGACACAAGAGACACACAGUCAGACAGACCCCGUUAUUUCUGACCUUGAUACAAGACUGGUCCACUUCCUUUUCUGAACCCACACGUUCUUUUGUACAAGUUCUCCGAUGCCUCUGGCCACAUGUACAAUAUUUUCCCUUUAGGUCACCUGUAAGAGAAGCUCUUCUGGGUCACAGGAAUCUUCUGAGAUCAAUAUGUUCCUGGAUUCAUAUAUGGUUCCAAAGGCAUCUUCCCAGCCGGGUGCCAAAAAGAUGAGCAUGGGGGGGUCAGGGAGAGUCUUGUACAAUCUUUCCAAAGUGUUUAGCCGUCCUAACCUCUCUCUGUUUCCAUAUGGGUCUAGUUCACCAUCCAAAUGUAGCAUCUCCCUCGAGAUGUUGGUGUUGAUGAAUCAGCCCAGUGGUUUGUCUGCCUGGCUGUAGGCCAUCUCCAUCAUCAUCAUCUUCAUUGCCAUCAUCAUCAUCAUCACUGAUGUCAUCUUUAUAGAUAGCAUCAUGUAGCAUUUUUAUGUUGGCUGACAAAACAUUUGAUAUGUUCUCUCAUAUCACCGCAGCCCUGUCAGGCAGAUACUAAUAUAUCUUGGACUACACACUAACCUUUCCAAAUUAUAGGGCUUAGGAGUAUGUCACACCCCCCCCCCAGUCUGGAAAAUCCCCACAUUUUUGGUUCUCUCUUCAUUCCACAGAAGAAGUAAGAAGUCUGAAUUAUUAUGGUAUUAAAAGAGAGGAGAUGUUGAUAUUAUAUAACACGAUACACAAAUUUCACGCAUUUCUGAGUUUCUAGGCUUUUCCCGUGUUGUCUGCUAACCUUUGCUCGUUGUCUGCAGCUUCUGCAAAACUCCCCCAAAAUUCCCAUUUUAUUUCUUAUGCCAACCUGCAAUGUAUUAAAACCAUGAUGGAAACGUGGAGAGUCACAAUGUGGAAAGGAUAACUGUACCCAUGAGCAUUUUUACAGAUGAGGAAACUGA